UCUAUCGCAGGCACACAUUCUCAGCGAAUUUCUCACGCAGGUUCGUGGCGGGCUCCAUUUGUCCUCCAGAAAGAAGGAGUUAUCAGAGAGUCAUAGUCACCUGGCAUGGGAUUCGAGGAUUAUUUGGAGGAGGCAGUGGUAGUGCCCAGCAGCAAACUAUUGAGGACAUUGCCAGAGGAAUCAGAGAAAAAGAGUACAAAAGAAUUGUGGUUAUGGCGGGAGCAGGAAUCAGCACACCCAGUGGUAUACCAGAUUUUAGAUCUCCUGGCAGUGGCCUGUAUGAUAAUCUCCAGCAGUACAACCUACCUUAUGCUGAGGCCAUAUUUGAAAUAAACUACUUCCACCACAACCCCAAGCCCUUCUUUGCCUUGGCGAAGGAGUUGUACCCUGGCAACUAUCAGCCAAACCUAAGUCACUACUUCAUUCGCCUUCUUCACGAUAAGGGCCAGCUACUCAGGAUGUACACUCAAAACAUUGAUGGGUUGGAGCGAAUGGCAGGCAUUCCACCUAAGAUGCUGGUGGAGGCACAUGGGACAUUUGCCACAGCCACGUGUACAAUGUGUCGCAAGGAAUACAAUGGAGAAGAACUACGUCCUGAUAUAAUGGAAGGAACUGUCCCCAAAUGCCCAACCUGUAAGGGAGUUAUUAAGCCUGACAUUGUGUUCUUCGGUGAAGAGCUCCCUCCACACUUCUUCAGAUACCUUACAGACUUUCCAGUGGCAGACCUGCUUAUUAUAAUGGGCACAUCAUUGGAGGUGGAGCCCUUUGCCAGCCUGGCUGGUGCCGUUCGUGGUUCUGUAUCCCGUCUCCUCAUAAACCGAGACCUGGUUGGACCUUUUGCAUGGGGGCUGCAGCGGCACAAUGACAUAGCUGAGUUGGGUGAUGUAGUGAGUGGAGUGAAGAAACUGGCUGAUGCCCUUGGUUGGAUGCAAGAGUUGGAGGAUCUCAUGGCUCGCACCACUGACAGGGCUUUGAAGAAGAAUGAGGAAUGAAGUCUCUGACUGCAGUCUGGUAUUAGAGUUUUGUAAUUUUGUCUUGGAGUCACAGAACAGAGCUGUGCCCAGUCACUGCACCUGUCUCUGAAAUGGGCUUGUUGAGAGAGGGCUUGGUUCUGGACUCAUGUAUGCCUAACCGUAGGCCUCGUAUUUGUGAGGCCCAGAGACUCUGCUGACUGACUUAGUGUCCCAAGACAAGCUGAAAAUCAUUAUAUCAUCGUGAACAGACUGGGUCAGUUUGGUUCAACCUUCU